UCAAAAUGUUCUUUCUCCGGUCAAUUGCUGGAACCUCCUCUUAAAUCAGGUGAAGAGAGAGAGCAGGGACCACACUACUUUGAGUGACAUCUAUCUGAACAAUAUAAUCCCUCGGUUUGUUCAAGUCAGUGAAGACUCUGGACGACUUUUCAAAAAGAGUAAAGAAGUUGGACAGCAACUCCAAGAAGACCUGAUGAAAGUCCUGAAUGAGCUCUACACGGUAAUGAAGACCUACCAUAUGUACAAUGCUGACAGCAUCAGUGCCCAAAGCAAGCUGAAAGAGGCAGAAAAGCAAGAAGAAAAACAGAUUGGUAAGUCUGUGAAGCAGGAGGAAAAGCAAACUCCGCGCUCCCCUGAUUCAGCCUCCAGUGUCAAGUUUGAAGAAAAGCAUGUCCGACGGAGCUCAGUCAAAAAGAUUGAGAAAAUGAAAGAGAAGCGCCAAGCAAAAUACACAGAAAAUAAACUGAAGGCUAUUAAGGCAAGAAAUGAAUAUCUGUUGGCUCUGGAAGCCACCAAUGCAUCUGUAUUCAAGUAUUAUAUCCAUGACCUGUCAGACCUCAUUGAUCAGUGCUGUGACUUAGGAUAUCAUGCCAGCCUUGGUAGGGCACUUAGAACAUUCCUAUCAGCAGAGCUGAAUCUAGAACAAUCAAAGCACGAAGGCCUGGAUGCCAUUGAGAAUGCCGUUGAAAAUCUGGAUGCCAACAGUGACAAGCAGCGUCUGAUGGAAAUGUGUAACAGUGUCUUCUGCCCACCCAUGAAGUUUGAGUUUCAGCCCCACAUGGGUGACAUGGUAUUCCAGCUUUGUGCCCAGCAACCAGUGCAGAGUGAGUUGGUACAAAGAUGUCAGCAGCUGCAAUCUAGGCUAUCCACUCUGAAGAUUGAAAACGAAGAGGUUAAAAAAACAAUGGAAGCCACACUACAGACUAUUCAAGAUAUUGUCACUAUUGAAGAUUUUGAUGUAUCCGAUUGCUUCCAGUAUAGCAAUUCUAUGGAGUCUGUAAAAUCCACAGUUUCUGAAACCUUCAUGAGUAAGCCAAGCAUUGCCAAGAGACGGGCCAAUCAACAGGAGACUGAACAGUUCUACUUCACAAAAUUGAAGGAAUAUCUGGAAGGGAGAAAUCUCAUCACCAAGCUCCAGGCCAAGCAUGACCUCCUGCAGAAGACUCUGGGAGAAAGUCAAAGGACUGACUGCUCUCUUGCGAGACGUAGUUCUACCAUAAGAAAGCAGGAUUCCAGCCACUCAAUUCCUUUGGUGGUAGAGAGCUGUAUACGUUUCAUUAGCAGACAUGGACUUCAGCAUGAAGGAAUAUUCAGGGUAUCUGGAUCUCAGGUUGAAGUGAAUGAUAUAAAAAAUGCAUUUGAGAGAGGGGAGGAUCCACUGGCUGGAGAUCAAAAUGACCAUGAUAUGGAUUCAAUUGCGGGUGUCCUAAAGCUCUAUUUUCGUGGGCUAGAUCAUCCCCUUUUCCCCAAGGAAAUCUUUCAUGACCUGAUUGCCUGUGUCACAAUGGACAACCUGCAAGAGAGAGCUCUACAUAUCCGAAAAGUCCUGCUGACUUUGCCAAAACCCACAUUGAUUGUAAUGAGAUACCUCUUCGCAUUCCUCAGCCAUUUAUCUCAGUUCAGUGAAGAGAACAUGAUGGACCCCUAUAAUUUAGCCAUCUGCUUUGGACCCACACUGAUGUCAGUGCCUGAAGGCCAUGAUCAGGUCUCCUGCCAAGCUCAUGUUAAUGAGCUCAUCAAAACUAUAAUCAUACAACAUGAGAAUGUCUUCCCAGGACCAAGAGAGCUGGAGGGACCUGUAUACACCAGGGGUGGAAGCACUGAGGAUUACUGUGAAAGCCCCCAUGGAGAGACUGUCUCCACAGAAGAUGCCACUCAGGAUAUAACUAUUGAACACCAUACAAGUGAUGAUGAAUGUGAACCCAUUGAAGCAAUAGCCAAAUUUGACUACUCGGGCAGAACCGCACGUGAGCUGUCUUUUAAAAAGGGGGCGUCCCUCCUGCUUUAUCACCGGGCUUCUGACGACUGGUGGGAAGGCCGUCACAAUGGCAUUGAUGGUUUGAUCCCUCAUCAGUACAUUGUUGUCCAGGACACUGAGGAUGGGAUGUCUGAAAGAUCAAGCCCAAAAUCUGAAGUAGAAAUAAAUUCUGAGCCACCUGAAGAAAAAGUGACAGCCAGAGCUGGUUCAAAUUGUCCAAGCGGCAGCCAUGUAGCUGAUAUUUAUCUUGCAAAUAUCAAUAAACAAAGAAAGAAGCCCGAGUCAGGGAGUAUACGAAGAGCAUUCCGUCAGAGUGACAGCCAUGGAUUACCCAGCUCACUGGGGGAACCCACACCACCUGGAGCUAUAGCCAGCGCUCGUCCUUCCUCACAGCCCAUUAUGAGCCAAAGCCUCCCAAAGGAUGCACCAGUCCCAGAUGCAUGCUCCAUCAGUGGCCAUGGGAGUCUCAAUUCUCUCAGUAGGCAUGCCUCCCUGAAGAACAGGAUAGAUAGCCCCCAUAUCCGGAAGAAUGUGACUGCAGGAAGAUCAAAGAGCUUUAACAACCACCGGCCCAUGGAUCCUGAAGUCAUUGCACAGGAUAUUGAAGCUACUAUGAAUUCUGCUCUGAAUGAGUUGCGAGAGCUGGAAAGGCAAAGCAAUGUGAAACACACACCAGAUGUUGUUCUUGAUACGCUGGAGCCACUGAAAAUGUCCCCUGUAGUUGCACCCACCUCUGAGCCUUCCAGCCCUUUGCAUACUCAAAUCCUCAAGGACCCAGAACCAGCCUUUCAGCGGAGUGCCAGCACGGCAAGCGACAUUCCCUGUGCCUUCAGGCCAGCAAAAUCUGUCAAAAUGGCUGUCCAGGUCAAACCUCCAGCCACCAGGCCAAAGCCAGCAGUUUUCCCCAAAACAAAUUCCUCAAGCGCUGCAGUUGCCUCAGCUUCUCAACAGUCUACUGACAAGUCUUGUACUGUGUAAAACUGAAAACCCUACUGUGAAUACAGCAUUUUUGUUUCAGCUUAGGGAACUCUGUUAAGGAGACCUUACAAUUUCUAUUUAAUUAGUAUUGAACUUCUACUAAAGAUUAGUUCAUAAGUUACUGGUGCCAGGAAUGUUCCC